GUGACGUAGAAGGCAAGAUGGCGGCUCCCCCUUCCACGAUGAAAUUUUGGAAGCCGGGCGCCGAGGCUCCGGGGAUCAGCGAGGAGCGGGAGCUCAGCGGGGAGAGCAGCGGCUCGCCCGUCGUCUUCAACCCGCACACAGCGCUCUCCAUCGAGAAGCAGCGGCAGAAGCUCCCGGUCUUCAAGCACAGAAACAACAUCUUGUACUUGGUGGAAAGCUUUCAGACGGUCAUCAUAGUCGGAGAGACGGGAUGUGGGAAGACAACACAGAUACCUCAGUACCUGCUGGAAGCUGGCUGGGCGGCGGAGGGGAAGGUGAUCGGAGUGACACAGCCCCGACGCGUGGCUGCUAUCUCUGUUUCCAACCGUGUUGCGGAGGAGAGGGGGGCCCUGCUGGGACACGAGGUGGGCUACACCAUCCGAUUUGACGACUGCUCUGAUCCUCAAGCCACAAGGAUCAAGUUCCUUACAGAUGGAAUGCUGGUGCGGGAGAUGAUGGCUGAUCCUCUCUUGAAAAAAUACAGUGUGAUGAUUCUAGAUGAAGCUCACGAACGCACCCUGUACACGGACAUAGCGAUUGGUCUGCUGAAGAAGAUUCAGAGGAAGCGGCGAGACCUGCGGCUGAUUGUGGCCUCUGCCACUCUGGAUGCCAAGAAAUUCCAUGACUUCUUCAACCUCAAUGAGUCUGGAGAUCCCAACAAGGACACGUGUGGCAUUCUGACAGUAGAAGGACGCACGUUUCCAGUGGACGUCUUCUACACUGUCAGUCCCGUGCCAGACUAUGUGAAGGCCACAGUGGAGACGGUGCUGAAGAUCCAUGAGACGGAGGAUGACGGAGAUGUCCUGGCUUUUCUUACCGGUCAGGAAGAGGUGGAGAAAGUGGUGUCGCUCCUGCAGGAGCAGGCGCGGUCUCUGUCACGAUAUGGACUGAAGAAACACCUGAGAAUUUUGCCCAUGUACUCUGGUCUGCCAUAUGCUGAUCAGAUGAAGGUCUUUGAGAGGACAUCUUCCUCUGUUCGCAAGGUUGUGGUGGCUACCAACAUAGCUGAGACCUCCAUCACUAUAAAUGGAGUUGUGUUCGUCAUCGACUGUGCGUUUGUGAAGCUUCGAGCCUACAGUCCCUCCACUGGCAUCGAGUCGCUGGUGGUCACCCCCAUCUCCAAAGCCUCAGCGAGUCAGAGGGCCGGGAGAGCCGGACGAAACCGACCUGGGAAAUGCUUUCGACUUUACACGGAGGAGGACUUUGAGAAACUGCCUGCCUCGACUGUGCCAGAGAUGCAGCGCACCAAUUUGGCCCCUGUCAUCCUGCAGCUCAAAGCAUUAGGCAUCGACAAUGUGCUGCGCUUCAGCUUCCUCUCUCCUCCUCCGGCUCAGACCAUGGUUCAGGCUCUGGAGCUGCUCUACGCUCUGGCAGGUCUGGACAAUUACGGCCGUUUGACUGAUCCCACGGGUUUGCGGAUGGCGGAGUUUCCCCUCAGCCCCAUGUUCGCGAAGAUGCUCCUCGAGUCGGGAAACUUCGGCUGCUCCAAAGAGAUUGUUACCAUAGCUGCGAUGAUGCAGAUCCAGAAUAUAUUUGUGACUGCGCCCAAUCAGAAGAAAGCUGCCGCCCGAGAGCACAGGAAAUUUGCAGUUGCUGAGGGCGACCACCUCACCAUGCUGAAUGUGUAUGAAGCGUUCAUUAAGCACCAGAAGAGCUCCCAGUGGUGUCAGGAACAUUUUCUCAACUACAAGGGUCUGCUGCGGGCUGUGACUGUACGAGAGCAACUCCGGCGUCUCAUGAACAAGUUUAAGGUGCCGCGGACUUCCAGUGAAGGAGAUCCUGACGUGAUCCUGAAGUGCAUUGUGUCUGGGUUUUUUGCUAAUGCAGCCCGCAUUCACCAUUCUGGCUCGUACAGGACUUUACGAGACGACCGUGAGCUUCAAAUUCACCCCAGCUCUGUGCUUUUCGGGGAGAAACCUCCAAAAUGGGUUGUCUUCAAUGAAGUAGUGCAGACAGCAAAAUACUACAUGCGCGAUGUGACUGCUGUGGAGUCCACCUGGUUGGUUGAGUUGGCCCCUCACUUUUACAAGCAGGCCAAGCAUGGUUCUCUGGCCAGCAAGAGAUCCCGGAUCCUGUAAAUCUCGUCACCAUUUCACCACGAUUAGACAAAAGUCACCGACCUAAUGGAGAAAAGCCGUCUCAAGUUGCCACUGUGCCCCCUUUCCUUUUCAUUGUAUAUAAAUAUGUAAAAUAUUAAUUUUACAUGUCCACCUGCACAUCCCCCCACACUCUGUGGCCAUGUUAGAAUAGCAGUAAGUAGAUAUAUUUUUUAGUACCGACGUGAACACAUGUGAUUUAUUCCAUUUGAACUUGUCUUGUCUUGCUUUUCGGCAGGAUGUAGUUUAUAUGUAAGAGUAAGUGAUGAUGAAUGUGAGAUGAGUCCAGGCUGUGCCUGUGUGUGCGUUUGUUCAGGCAUCGUCAUGCAGUUCAUUCAUACAUGUACUGUACAUAGUCCGAGCAUCCUGAGGUCCAGGGAUCGACUCCUGUGUCAGAGGCCUGUCCAUACCUGGUUCUAGGCGUCAUUAUUUUUUUAAUUGCCGUAUUUCUUUUGUCCUGGUUGCAUGAUAAAUAAUGAAAGAUGAUAGAGUGUGAGGAUGUUUUCCUGUGAGAGACUUGAGCUUUAGUUUUUUCAGUUAGUUUGCUCUCCUCUUAGCCAGGGUGCUUUGGGGUUUAAUUGGCACUUUAAAUCCAAUUCAGUUUUGAUCUCUUCAACAUCCGGGCAGAAUGUAGUGGUAUAUAUUUUCAGACCGAAAGAGGAUAUACAUUUAUUUUUUUCAGUCAACUUUCAGAUAAUACUGUGAAAGGUCUGCUGUAUUUUGGGCUCCUGGUUUUUCUGCUCUGUAACUACUGUCUAGCUCAGGCGUCGUGGCCUUGUCACCGCUCUGUGCCCGGUUUCUUUAUCAGUCUAUUUCACAUUUCAUUUUCUGGAAUGGAAUGUGCAAAUACACUCGAGCAUUGUAAAUGAAAAGCUGUGAAAUCAAACCUAAAGCUGAAGUGCCAUUUCUAGCUGUGAUGACAAAGUGCUUUCACACAUGUAUCCAAAGCCUCAAGGAAACAGUAGCAUUUAUCUCUGUGGUCAUCGUGAUUGCGUUUCCUCUUAUGGAUCGUCUCACCUCUGAGCAAGGCCAUAAUGUACUUUUCUUUCCUUGUUACCCACCACAUCUUCAACCUGGUGUUCAGUAAAAUGUCCACUUACAGUAUUUAUGACCUCCAUUUCAUAUAGACAGCAUGAAUGUGCCCGACAUUUCUGCUUUCGUCUUUGGUUCUAUUUUACUUUUUGGUUUGUCUUCAGAGGUGUUUGGCUCUGAAAGCGUCAGAAAACUUCAUGUAUUACAACUUUUGUCAUUUCACUCUGCUGGGAUCCAAACCAGCGAGGUCACAGUCACCCAUUUUCACUCCUGCUGCAUUGUCUUGUUCUUGAGGUCAAGAGUGUAGAUUCACUGAACCUGUAAUCAAACCACAGAACAAUACACCAUAGCAUAGAUAACAGCUCAAAUUAGAUGAACACACAAAUGUACACAAAAGUACCUUUGCAUGCUUAACGGUACUCUGAUGUUGACCUAUAAACACUCGAUCAACACCUAGACCUCACCGCAAAUGAAAACAUUUUUUGCGUGUAGACUCGUUUAUUCUCGUUUGUGCUGAUACUUGUGCAGCAGAAGCAGUAAUCUGUAGACCUGUGUCACUGCUCACCUCUGAAAUAAGAAACUAUCACUUGCCAUUUCUUCCUCCCACCCUCUAAUAAAGCCUUAUUGUCAUGCACUGAGAA